AAAAGCGAGUGCCCGGCGCGUACUUUCUAGCGAGUCGGCUCCACGUUGUCUUAUUUUUGCUGCGCGUUUUGACAAAGCGUUAUUUUUCAGUUUACCGUGUACGAUUCGCGACGCACGUGUUGUGAAGUGGCGUGCCAGUGUCGACGCGUCCUCGACUGCAUAUAGGUUUUUUUUUAGAUAACUAGCGCGUACAUUUGCUGCUUUGUUCGCGAUUUCAUUACAGGCCAAUAGACCCUGGAAAGGCGGUGAUAGCCGCGGAAGUCAGAACCGUAAAAUAAUGAAAGAAAAUGUGACAGCACUGAGCUUUACUGUGGCAGUUCUCGCCCUGUUUCUUCUACUUUCUCUGUUAAGGUUGCUGAAUGCCCUCCAUCUGUUUCACGCGUAUUUUUGCGGCGUAGUCACGUGCCUGUUGAUCGAGCUCAGCCUGUGCUGGCACUAUCUCGUAAAAGCAGAAAAAAAAGUCCACGCCAAAUUGGCAAGUUCCAGGGAUAACAAUAGAGAGAUUAAUCUGUUUAUUAGUCGAACCACAUUUCAAGACGACAGUGAUGAUUUAGCAGAGUCGUCCGAUGUCAAGCCCGAGUUGGCGGAGCCGCUGGUUAGCGGCAUUCUGACGUUUCAGAUAUCGGAGAAGAAGAAAGUCCGCCUUUUUUUCUCGCUCUCCGGACACUUUUUGCACUACCGACCUGUUUCUCAGUCGGGCAAGGACCAGCAAGUUUCCGAAUACGCGCGUGUGGGCGAAGCGGGCACGAUCGAGGGCUAUAACCUGCCGUCUAGCGGAGUCAUACUUCUGAAGGGAGCCAUGGUUAGACUGCUUCACAGAGAACACAAAAAUUCGAAGCCUGUCAUUCGAGUGACGCACCCGAACUGUCGACUGCUUCCGGACGUGGACUGCUUCUAUCUGAACGGGAGCUCGCGCGUCGACUCGGAGAGGUGGUAUUUCGCCUUGCUCACUUGCUGCACUCAAGAGACUACCCAGCAAUACGCAGAAAUGUGCUCCAAACUGAAAAGUCGGUUAGUUAAUUUUUGGUACGUUCAGGAAUCCGCCAACUGGCUCAACGUUCUUCUGGCGUAUAUUCACAUGAGCAUGCGCCAGUCCGAUGCAUUCAAGAACAGGAUCGCAAAGAAGGUAGUGAGCUCGCUUAGCAGGGUCAGUGAGAAAAACUUGUUUGACUACGUUUCGAACUUCGAAGUUUUAGAAGUCAACCUCGGCACGAGGGUCCCCAACAUCGAGAACGCGAUAUUGGUCCCCCCGGACCAUACCGGGGACUUCAUCACCGACAUCUGGAUCACUUACACCAACGGAGACGUCUCAAUCAAGCUCUCCUUUGAUGUCCACAUAAAGCGGUUUGCCACCGUUCCUGUCAAGCUGACUGUCUAUUUGAAAUCGCUGUUGGGCCGUUUGCAGCUUCGAUAUCCGCCGUAUCCCAGUGAAAAGAUUAACGUGUCGUUCUCUGAAGAGCCCAACAUGCAGAUGUCGCUUGAUCUCGUCGUGGGCGAGAAAACUUCGCAAUUGAAGAACGUGUUCAUCACCAAGCUCAAAGAGAUCAUCAUUUCCAGGCUGAAGCAGGCGUUCUUUGAGAAGUUUGUGAGUCCGCGGGGCAGAUACAUCAGAAUAGGUCUUCUGAGAAAACCUGACCCGCCUGUAACGAAAAAAGAGCGAGUCGGAGAUGACAGGCCCGGCGGCGACAAAGUCGGCGACGGCAAAGUCGGCGACGAAAAGGUCGGCGACGAAAAGGUCGGCGAUGACAAAGUCGGCGAUGACAAAGUCGGCGAUGACAAUUCUCUCAGCGACUCCUACAUUGUCGACCAGUCACCACCACUUACAGACUUGCUUCCAACCGCGUCGUCUCUGAACGCAGACGGUCUGUUGGCGGUGUCUCAACUCAGCAAAAGCAGCCCCCUCAUCGAAACCUCGACCGGGGCUGAAAAAGGCUAUUUGUGGGAACAAAGCCUGAACGAAGGCAGCUUCAACUCCGCGUCUUCGCAGUCUGGUCACGAGAAGCCCCUCUCAACCACCGCGCAGCAGAAUUCAAAAAACAAGGAGGAACUUUCGACCGAGCUCAAACUACUGGACGUGCCCGACAAACUGGCGCCGCCCGACGCCGUAUUACAGACCAAUAGCUCCGUCCUGGGCGCCACCGCCCGCACUUCGAGGUUCAGAAGCAAGGUAAAAUCUCUGUUUCACACCGUGGGCAAUUCUGCCAAUAAAAACAAUUAGUGAAAAUUUUCCAAUCAACGAAAAAUUGAGUUUUUGUACUCACAAAAAAAAAAUAAAUAAAAAUUUAAGACUUUAUUUGCAAA